GAGAAAGUGAGAGCGGGUGUCAUCGCCAUCCAUUGUCAGCAAGGGGAGGAAACUGGAACCCAGCAGCGGCUGGCGGUCACAUCUGGGAAUGCAAAGCCGACCUCCCCCCCCUCCUCCUCCUCCUCCUCCUCUUCCUCCUCCUCCUCCUCCUCCUCCUCUUCUCUCACCCGGGAUCACUUCCGAAACCACUUCGCCUUCAGCCCCUGCCUCGGCCAGAGGGAUUUAUUUCAUGGGGAUGUGUGCAAGGCAAGAGAGAAUUCAGAAGGAUAUCGACGUGGUGAUCCAGGGGUCCAGAGCCGAGAAAGACUGCCUGUUUGCAGAUUUCAGAUACUCUGACUCCACGUUUACUUUCACCUACGUCGGAGGCCCCAAAAGUGUAUCCUACUCUGUGCAUGUUUCAGAAGAUUAUCCAGAUAAUACUUACGUGUCAAGUUCAGACAAUGAUGAAGAUGUGCUAGUCACUACAGAGCCAAUUCCUGUGAUCUUCCACAGACUAGCAACAGAAUUAAGAAAAACAAAUGAUAUAAACUGUUGCUUAUCCAUAAAAUCCAAAUUACAAAAGGAACAUGGGGAGGGGUCCCGACAGAACAGUGCGGUGGAGGAGGACUCCGAAGGUGAUAAUGACUCUGAGGAAUUUUAUUAUGGUGGGCAGGUGAACUAUGACGGAGAGCUACAGAAGCACCCGCAGCUGGAGGCAGACCUGUCGGCCGUGAGGGAGGUCUACGGGCCUCGUGCAGUUUCGCUCAGGGAAUAUGGAGCCAUUGAUGAUGUAGAUAUUGAUCUACAUAUCGAUGUUAGCUUUCUUGACGAGGAGAUCGCUGUGGCUUGGGAAGUAAUUCGAACAGAACCUAUAAUUGUCCGACUACACUGUUCACUUACCCAGUAUUUAAAUGGCCCAGUGCCCACUGUUGAUGUCUUUCAGAUUUCCACAAAAGAGCGGUUUGGAUUGGGACAUCAGUUGAAGAAAAUCAUGCAGACGUUCGUGACUCAGCAGUGGAAGCAGAGCAAGGAGAAGUCCAGCUGCCUACACAGCGCAAAGCUGUCGGAGAAGAAAGUGAAGUCCCCUUUGCACUUAUUUUCCACCUUGCGCAGGUCGCCCAGUUACCCUCCCCCAGGUUGUGGCAAGAGCAAGCCCAACAAGCUGAAGCCCGAGCAGGACGGCAUCUCCAAAACGCACAAGCUGCUGCGGAGGUCUUGCCCGGGCGCGGUCAAGGCCGAGGACGUGUGCACAGCCAAGUCACACCGGACCUUUGGGCGGUCGCUGUCCAGCGACCCCAGGGCCGAGCAGGCCCUGGCCACCAUCAAGUCGCACAAGCUCCUGAACCGGCCCUGCCCUGCGGCUGCCAAACAGGAGGACUCCCUCACCCUGAAGUCGCAUAAGUUAUUGACUCGAUCUUGUUCUGGGGACCCCCGAUGUGAGCACAACACCACCUUCAAGCCCCACAAACUGCUGAGCAGGUCUUACUCCAGCAAUCUCAGAGUGGAAGAGUUAUAUGGGCUGAAAAACCACAAAUUGCUCAGCAGGUCUCACUCCAGUGCCCCCAAGUCGUCCCAAGCAGACUUUUGCAAGGAACCUAACGUGGAGGGCAGGAGGCUCUCCCUUACCUCAGGACUUAUUGGUAUCUUAACACCAUCUUCGUCUUCUCAGCCUGCUCCAAACGGUGCAAAAUGCGUUCCAAUACGAGACCGUGGCUUCCUGGUGCAGACAAUUGAGUUUGCCGAGCAGCGGAUCCCCGUGUUGAAUGAGUUCUGUGUCGUCUGUGACGAGCCACAUGUGUUCCAAAACGGCCCCAUGCUUAGGCCCACUGUGUGUGAACGAGAGCUGUGCGUAUUUGCUUUUCAAACCCUGGGAGUCAUGAACGAAGCAGCGGAUGAAAUAGCCACUGGAGCUCAGGUGGUAGAUCUGCUGGUGUCCAUGUGUAGAUCUGCACUGGAAUCUCCUAGAAAGGUUGUCAUUUUCGAGCCAUAUCCGUCUGUGGUAGAUCCUAACGACCCUCAGAUGUUGGCCUUCAACCCCAGGAAGAAGAACUACGACCGAGUGAUGAAGGCACUGGACAGCAUAACUUCCAUCAGGGAAAUGACCCAAGCACCCUAUCUGGAGAUCAAGAAACAGAUGGAUAAACAAGACCCCCUUGCUCAUCCGCUGCUUCAAUGGGUCAUUUCAAGUAAUAGAUCACAUAUUGUGAAACUGCCAGUGAACAGGCAACUGAAGUUCAUGCACACGCCACACCAGUUCCUCCUCCUCAGCAGUCCCCCAGCCAAAGAGUCCAACUUCAGAGCUGCCAAGAAGCUCUUUGGCAGCACCUUUGCAUUUCAUGGCUCACACAUUGAAAACUGGCACUCUAUCCUGAGGAAUGGCCUGGUCGUCGCCUCAAACACACGCCUGCAGCUCCAUGGUGCAAUGUAUGGAAGUGGAAUCUAUCUUAGUCCAAUGUCAAGCAUAUCAUUCGGUUACUCAGGGAUGAACAAGAAGCAGAAAGUGUCAGCGAAGGACGAGCCCGCGUCGAGUGGGAAAAGCAGCGGUGUGUCACAGUCUCAGAAAAAAGGACAUCAAUCCCAGUUCCUGCAGAGCCGUAACUUGAAGUGUAUAGCCUUAUGUGAAGUGAUCACCUCUCCAGAUCUGCACAAACACGGAGAGAUAUGGGUCGUUCCAAACACGGAGCACGUCUGCACACGAUUCUUUUUCGUGUAUGAAGACGGCCAAGUUGGAGAUGCGAAUAUUAACACACAAGAAGGAGGCAUCCACAAAGAGAUCCUCCGAGUCAUUGGUAACCAAACUGCAACUGGUUAAAGGACCACUUACUCAAUAACUAACUAACUAACAUGAUUUGAAAGCCUUCCUCGGGUUCAAAGCUGGAUUUUGAACUGAAGAAGAUGAUAAAAUAAUUUAUUAUUAUGAACAAAAGUAACCCUUUGAAUACUGAUUUUUUUCUUAGUAUUUCUAAGUAUCUCAUUAAGUACCUAAAAUGGUAUAAGAUUUAUGAAUUGUAGGGAAAUGAAAUAUAGUAAUAAAAUUAAGACGGCACUUGAACUGACAUUUGGGUUGCAUACACAAUAAACAGAUUGAAAAACCA